CAUUUUCAUUUCCAAACCAAAGAAAAAGAGCAUCUUCUCUUCUCCAUUCACUAUUCCUGAGAGCUGCUGCAUCAAAUUCAAAACGUCGUCGUCGUCGUAACCCUCUGAAAUCCAAAAACCCUAACCAUGUGGCGGAGACUCUUCACUUCUCCUCACCUCAAAUCCCUCUCUGCAACUCUCUCUCAUUCUCCUCACCCCGGAUCCGCCCUCCGAUUCGCCGUCGCCGCCCGCUACGUCGCCACCCAAUCAGCUGGUUCGAUCAAGAAGACGGUUGAGGAUGUCGUCCCAAUCGCUACUGGCCACGAGCGUGAGGAGAUUCAAGCUGACCUUGAGGGAAGGGAUAUUCUUGAGAUAAACCAUCCAGAAGGUCCUUUCGGGACAAAGGAAGCACCUGCUGUUGUUAGGUCUUACUUUGACAGAAGGAUAGUUGGAUGCCCAGGUGGCGAAGGUGAGGAUGAGCAUGAUGUUGUCUGGUUUUGGCUGGAGAAAGGCAAGCCUCAUGAGUGUCCAGUGUGCGCACAGUAUUUUGUGCUUGAAGUGGUGGGACCCGGCGGUGAUCCUUAUGGACAUGGCGAUCACCAUUGAUUGCAUUGUGCUUUUCCUCAGGAAUAAAUGUUUUCAAAGAUGAAAGACAUUGUUUUACACUCAAGCCUUCAAAGAGGCCUUGUUUUGUUUGGUCUAUAUACCAUGCGGUUUUGCAACUUUAGAGAGAGUUUCUGUGAUUGUUUUGAUGCAGGUUGAUCAUUUCCUUCAGAUAUUAAAUCCUGAUAGGCUGACAUUUUUUCUCUGCCAAAUAAUUGAUAGCAACACUAAGAUUUUUUAACAGUGCAAAUGUGUAGAACCUGAAGUACUUUGAGUUUUAAGCUAUCAAAUUCUGUUAUUAUCUGCCAAA